CUCUCGACGCCAUGUCGACAUACAGUUGAGUCGCUCCCAGGAGCUUUCUCUCUUUCAAAACUACACACGUGCGUUGUGGUCCCCCAGCACGAAAUGGGGAAAGGCAAAAGACCAUCGAUCAGUCUCUUUGCUUUUUUGCAAGCGACCUUUUCGGUGGUUUCGAUUCAAGCUUUUCAAAUGCCGACGACUUGUCGGACAAUGAGCACUGUCGUCUCGUAUAGGGAGACUUACCCCCAACACCCGUGUUUCUCGCAACAAAGAUAUAACAGCCACAUUUGCAUGGAGCCGGGGAUUAUUCAAGUAGAAGAACUUUCCGACCAAGACACCUUUUGUUCCUAUAUCAACUGCAUGAAGGAAAUUGUCGAGAACCAGCGAGUUGUCAAAAAGUGCAGCCUCGACGAAUGCAAGCCAGUACAAGAAUACUUGUUUUCCUCCCAAUCGUUGCUUUCAUUACCGGAUAUCAGUGUGGAUGGAUUUAAGGAUCGCCUUCGCGACCAGAAAAGGCAAUUUUUAGAAGAGACAGGCUUUUCGGAGGAGCAGUAUGAAUAUCUAGUCCGUUGUCUAGCUUAUCUUGGCGAUCGCUGUGCGAAAAUCCAACAAAUUGCACCGGCACUCAUUGCGUGGAAAAAGAUGAGAGAAAGUGGCAUGAAACCUCGAGAGCGCUUCGUAAGCACAUACAUGUACGUUCUGAGUCUUGACGAACGUAAUGUGCAAGCGUGUUUCGAAACAGCAACGUUUCACGAUGUACUAUUCGAACCUACGGAGAAAUCCAUUUUCUUGAGAAUAAAGACGUUAAUCAGCCAGAGCGAUGCUAAAACUGCGGAAUACAUUUUGUCGUCGCUUCCAGAUAGACAAGGAAAAAGCUCCGAAUGGAAGAAACUUAGAACGUUCCUUCCUAUUCUCAGUCACUAUUGCGAUGUGGGUGAUAUGAUAUCCGCGUUGAACUUAUUUCGUAAAAUGAGGAAAUCUGAAGGUGUAAUUUUCGACUCGGAGACAUAUGGUCUUCUCAUCGGUGCUCUAGCCAGACGCGGUUACUUCAUACCCGGAGGUCUUUCUGUUGAUGGCGCUUCUACGCUUGGAUCAUUGGAAAUGGGAGGUCCUGCCCUUUUUGAUACUAUUUCUACUGAAAUGGCCGAGGAUCUUCUCGAGCUGAGUCUAGAUGCGGCUGAAACCAUCCUGGAUGGAUUCGUGUCUGGGUUUGCAGGGGAGAAUUCUUAUGAAUUCGAUUGUGUCACUGAUAAGUGUAUAAAUGUCAGUCCAUUGCUGACUAUAGGCCGUGUCACGGUGAACGAAACCUCCGCCGUAUGCCCAGCAACCGGUGCCAAUCUCCGUCUAUUUGCUCUGACGGAAGAGCAACGGAUAAGUGUUCAUGAUACCUUACUUGAAAUGGCAGCGGUGCAACACGAAGACUUUAGCGAAAAGCUAAAAGCAAGAAACCAAAACUUUAAAGGUAGAGGAGACUCUGAGCGGGCACGGCGAAACCUUUUUGAGUUUUCAGAGUGGUUGCGUGAGCACGAAGGAGAACCAUUUACUGCAAUUGUUGAUGGAGCAAAUGUUGCCUAUGCUGGACAUGGCAAUGUGCACUAUAGCCAGGUCCAGCUCGUCGUGGACAAACUUGAGGACAUGGGUGAGAAAGUGUUGGUCGUUAUGCCUUCAAAAUAUGUUGGAGAAAAAUUUUACGUGGCAGGUAUUGACUCCGUGCAACAACUUUCAGAGAGAGAAGUUGGCAUCAUGAAUGGUCUGCUUGAUGAGGGAAAAAUGUAUCAAGUCCCAGCAGCAUGUCUUGAUGAUUACUAUUGGAUGCUGGCUAGCGUUGCAAAUCAGACUGAGCAUCAACUGCACGUUUCGAUUGACAAUAGACAGCGUCGAUUUCCAGGUCUCCGUCCCAUGCUUGUCACAAAUGAUCAAAUGCGCGAUCACAAGCUAGCGCUUUUGGAAAAACGGCUCUUUCGUCGAUGGACGAGUUGCCACAUUGUCAACUAUGAUCUUGAGUCCUAUUCUGAAAAUGAAUGGCAAGAUAGGGAUGUUCGCUUUGUUCCAACUGAUUUCUUCAGCCGAGAGAUUCAGGGCAACGAAGUAGGUGGGGAAAGAAGCAGCACGGUAUGGCACUACCCUGUCACAGGCUGGGAAGGCAGCGAUAGACUUUGCAUAAAUAUUCGCCGGUAA